AUGCCGGCUCUAUUGGAGGAUCCCGAGUCUGGCGUGAUUUAUCGUGCAUCCGGCCAGGGUCCGUACCCAACUGCAGACAAUCCACAGAUACCGUCGUCCAUAUUUCCACGACCGGUGACUUUGAGGGAUCGGGUCACGAUUGCGACAUUGAUCCCUUUUUUCUCUCCUGAUGCUGUUCCGAAGAGACUUCUCGCUUACCUGGGCGAAAGUCUCAACAAGGAAAUUGAGGGUGGGGAUACAUACCCCAUGAUCAACACUUUGCCCCUCGAAACAUUUGGGCCUUAUUGGUUUGGGAAUUUUGGCGCUGUCAUGGUACUGGGUGACAUUGGUGGUAUUGAGGCGGUCAACGACAUGGAGCGCAAUGGCGUCGACUGGAGUAAACUUUGCCUGGGGAGUUUCUAUGUGAAACCCAACUACCCCGGCAGAAGUAGCCACGUCUGUAAUGGUGGGUUUCUGGUGACCCACGCGGCUCGCAAUAAGGGUGUUGGAAAGUCUAUGGGUCAAUGCUAUCUGGAUUGGGCACCUCAGUUGGGUUAUUCGUACUCUGUCUUCAAUCUGGUUUAUGAAAGCAAUACUGCUUCGACGAGGAUUUGGGAUUCACUUGGCUUUAAACGCAUUGGGCGGGUCCCUGGUUGUGGAAAUCUCAAGUCUUCCGAUGAGCCAGUUGAUGCGAUCAUAUAUGGAAAAGAUCUCAAAUCCGAAGGGGAAAAUGUUCUUUCCGAGGAGCGUUUCGACAAAAUUCGAUACUAUCUCCGUCAUUCUCUCUAUCCUCAAGGAGCUGACAGAUCGGAGAAAAGUCGACUGAGGAGUGCGGCAACGCACUACAAGUUAGUAGGGGGGCAAGAUGGUGUCCCAGAGAAGCUGAUGUUGAAGGACAAAGAAGUCAUCUCGGAUCCCCAAGCCCAGUAUGAGAUCGCGAAACAAAUUCACCUCCAGGCACACGGUGGCAUCAACAAGACUACAGCCAUUAUAGCGACGAAAUACCAUUGGAUUCGGAUAAAAGAAACAGUCAGCCACGUCAUCAAGAAUUGCCCGGAAUGUAAGGACACCAACAAGCCACCCAUAUUACGCUCAGAAAAUCGACCAGGACGGAGCAAAACUAUUGAUGAAGCGCCCGCUACGUUACCGCAACCCAUUCCCGUUCCUGAUGUCCAAGUCCAAGUGCCACCUCCGGAAGACCUUACCAACAAUCAUCUCUCGAAUCAUGACUUCGCCUCGAUUCAGCAACCAAUGGAUCUUGCGAACGACCAUCUUCCAGAUGCAGACGCGCACCUUCACGCUUACGACGACAUGGCAAUUGAUCCACAAAUCAUGGAACAAAUACAGGCUCAACUGGACUCGGAGUACGCUCAACACCCACACAAUUUUGUUCCGACUGGCAUGCCAACCUUUGCAGAUACUUCUCAUCUGCAGACACACCACGAUCCUCACGACUUUACAGCGCAGCAAGCAGAUCACCAAUUCUUGCAUGAUCCGAACUCGACAAUGAUGGGACACGACCAUGUUAUGGACGAUGGGAGUGCUGGAACAGGAUUGAACAAUAUGCAACCAAUGCAGCAUGUGUUACCCAUGGAUUACAUGAAUCCACAGAACAACCAGCAGUAUAAGCUCGAGCAAUAA